AUGGUGUACCUCAAGGCGCAAUGCCUGUUGGCUGCGGCCUACAUCGCAGUGGCUGCCGCUGCUGCGUGCGUUUCCGACCUCCUGGUGGACGACUUCUCCAACACGCUGUCAACAAACCGAAACAAUCUUGGUUCGUGGACGUCAGACGAUGCUAGCAUGACCAGCAUCUCCGCGUCCGGCGGCAUCCUCAGCUUCACCCCCAAGAGCGGAGCAUACUUCUACGAGACGUUUCCCUGCCAGGCGCUGCAGGCCGACUCCUACACGCAUGUGCAGCUGGACAUCAAGGCACCUGUGUCAGGCGCGGCGUUCACGGUUCAACUCAGCUCAGCAUCGAGCUGUUCGGCCACGACCAACACGAAGACGGCUUUCCGGGUCACCGGGCUUACCGGCGGCUGGCAGACAGUCCGCAUCCCGCUGAGUAGCUUUGCCGGGGCGAACCUCAACGCGGCUCUCUCCAUUGUCAUCGAGUCCUUCUCAUCGACUCAGCAAUGGCAGUUGGACAAGAUCUCGUUCGUCUGCGGCCAGGGCCCAACAACCUCUGCCACCAAUGCGCCAACCCAGGCCACUUCUACUCCAGCGCCAUCCUCGAGCCUGUCCACCUCACCGGGGUGCUCGCCGCUCUUGGUUGAUGAUUGGGCGUCACAGUCGCGCCUGGACUUCCUGGGUUACAACGCACUUCUGCUGCCGACCGGUCAUGACGGAACGAUGCAGUCCGUUCUCGUGAACAACUACCACGUCACUCUGACGCCGAAAUCCACCUCGUCGUACUUUUACUCCCAGGUCGGAUGCGUCGAUGCCACAAAGUUUGGCGGCAUAGCGCUCCGGAUCAAGGCCCCGGCCGGUACGACGUUCAAGAUCGAGUUGUCUUCCAAGACGACGUGCGACGGCGCGGCGACGGCGUCAUCGUCCCAGACCACCGCCCAGCUUGGCUGGACAUUCGACGGAACUGAGAGGCUGUACAGCUUCCCCUGGUCAAAGUUCAGCGGGCUCAACCUGUCCAAGCUGAGAUCCAUCGUCAUCUCGGCGCCCAGCCAACCGCUCACCCUGGGCCCGCUGGCGCUCUACUGCGGAAGCACUCCCAGUGCAUGGACGCCGCCCUCGACGACCAGCCCGGCAUCGCCGACUGCAACCGUCCCGGCGCCCGUCGCCACGGUCUCGGGUUUCGUCAUCGACACCUUCAGCAGCGCCAGCACCAACUCGCUCGGGUUCUGGCACGGCGGCGAGGACAUGGGCCUUUCCUGGGGCUCCAACCGCGUCACCAUCAACGCCAAAGUCCCCGACUACGCCUUCACCACGCUCGUCAGCAACGGCUGUCGGGACCUUCGCAGCUACAGCGGCUCGUAUUUGCACAUUGCCUACUCGGGCCACACCAAGUUCUCCGUUUCGCUGCAGCAGCACAACUCGCAAUGCAACUCGGGCGUGGCGCCGUAUCCCGAGACGAGGGACAGCCUCGAGGCGGCCCGGUACGCCAAGGGCAACGAUAUCUACAUCCCCAUCUCGCACUUCAACAUCAACUUGCAGCGCGUCAGCAGUGUCGCCAUCAGGGGCGUGUACAGCGCCGAGCCCGUCGUCCUGACCAAGAUCGAGAUCGUCCCCUCCAUUCCCUCGGGCGUCACCAUACCUCAGAAGCUACCCUCGGGCACCCUCGUCUUCGCCUGCACGCGGCCCAACUCGUUCGCCUUUGGCAUCGAUGACGGCAACCCCAAGUACGCCGCCAGGCUGGCGCAGAUUGUCCGGGACGCCGGCAUCAAAGUGACCUUUUUCGCCGUCGGUGCGGUGCUCGAGAACCCCUCCACCGGCAUGGCCAGCCUCUACCAGCAGCUCAAGAGCGAGGGCCACCAGAUCGCGCUGCACUCCCACACGCACCCGCGGAUGGAGGGGCUCCCGACCAUUGAGAGCAUUGACUGGGAGUACAACGAGGACUACAGGGUCAUGGAGAACAUCUUCGGCGAGAGGUCCAACUACUUCCGCCCGCCGUUUGGCGUCGAGGGCGCGCGCAUGCGCCAGCGCUGGGCGGCCGCCUCCAGGUCGGAUAAGGCCUAUCUCGUCAACUGGAGCGUGGACGUCCAGGACUGGCUCUGGGCCGAGACGAGCACCCCGGAAAAGCAGCUCGACGCCUUCAACUCGGACGUGGCUAAGGGGGGCAACCUGGUCGUCAUGCACUUUUCGUACAACUCGACCGUCAACUACUUCCCCGAGUUCAUCAGGCAGGCCAAGGCUACCGGCAAGCAGAUCAUGCGCAUCGAUCAGUGCAUGGAGGAUCCAAACGCACCACCGCUCUGA